CAGGCGCGUAAUAGCGAAAAAGCUCAGUCGAUGCUCUUCCGAUUCCGGGCCCAGCAGGCCGCGGACCUCGGAAUCAUCGACAUCGGCCGGACGCGCCGCCCCAAGGCGAUUACCUCGGUCGACUCGAUCCCCAUGUGCGAGAAAUGGCGCGGCCAGGUGCUCAAGGAGAUCUCGCGGAAGGUGUCGCGGAUCCAGGAGCCCAGCCUGAGCGACUACCAAAUCCGCGACCUGAACGAUGAGAUCAACAAGCUGAUGCGGGAGAAGUGGACGUGGGAGAUGCAGAUCCGGAACCUCGGCGGGCCCAACUACAUGCGCGGGUCCGGCCGGGUGUUCGAUGACGAGGGUCGCGAGAUCCCCGGCGGCGGGAAAGGGUAUCGCUACUUCGGCCGCGCGAGGGAGUUACCGGGCGUCAAGGAGAUGUUUGAGGCGGCCGCCAGACGGGGUAGGCCCGCUGAGGAGGAUGAUGAGGAGGCCGGAGGAGGGGUGAAGGGGCGCGGCGGGGAGAUCGCGACGAAGAAGGUCGAUGCGAAUUACUUUGGGUAUGGGCUUGAUGAGGAGGAUGGCACGCUGCUGGCGUAUGAGAGGCAGAAGGAGAAGGAGGCCGUCGAGCGUCUGCGCAAGAAGGGCGAUGAUGGCGAUGAUGGCUGGGAGCCGCUUCCUGGAGACGCUGGGGACGGCGUCGAGUGGAGGCUGCCGAGUCUGGAUGAGGUGCAGGAGGAGCUUGUGGAUCGGAGGAGGAGACGACUGCUGGAUAAGAUCUCCUGA